UAAAUGUCCAGCCACGGUCACGACGAUAUGUGUGAACAAAGUGGUGAGUCUUCACGUAGUGUAGAGAUGCACAAGUUUGAGGAUACAUCUGUCUGCCACCCACCAUGUACAUCAACAGGUCAUUCUACAUUGGAGACGAAUAUCCAGAUGCGGAUAGCGGAACUUCACCGCAGAACAACUCUUACAAUGACAACAGAACUGACCCAGCUGUCGACACCAGACCAGUGUCUAACAACAGUAACAUCAGAGGCCACGGAUGGCUCACUCAGAAGAUCGCAGGCCAGUGUGGUUGUGCCAACAACUGCCUGGUAAAGGCCCUAGGACUGCUGACGCUGCUGAUGCUCUGCUGGCUGCUGCUGAUCGUGCUGCUGGGGCCAGAAGCUCUCCCAGGGGGCGGACUGUUCACGCUGCUGACGCUGGUGCUGGUAGCUCAGCUUGUGGGCGAGUUGGUGGACCUGAUGGGGCUGCCCUCCAUCCUCGGCAUGCUGAUCACCGGCAUCGCAGCUCGGUCUCUGGGUCUAUACAACGUGUCCGAAGUCUACCUUAAUAUAGUCAGCACUUUGAGAGAAGUAGCCCUAGGGAUCAUCCUCAUCAAGGCAGGGCUCGGUCUGGAUCCUGUAGCUCUGCUGAAGCUGUCCUUCACUGUCAUCAGGCUGGCAGUGUGCCCUGGGCUUAUGGAGGCUGUGACAGUUGCUGUCAUGACCCACUACGUCCUGGACUACCCCUGGCUAUGGGGCUUCGCCCUAGGAUUUUUGAUGUGCGCAAUAUCCCCUGCAGUAGUGGUCCCAACACUUUUGAAACUGAAGAAGGAAGGAUAUGGGGAAGGAAAAGGGAUAUCGACCUUGGUGAUUGCAGCUUCCAGUAUUGACGAUGUCCUUGCUAUAUCCGUCUUCUCGAUAUGCAUCAGCAUUAUCUUUUCUACAGGUGAGAGCCUGAUGAUGCAAGUUCUGCAAGGACCCAUGGACGUGUGUGUUGGACUGGCGGUGGGGUCGUUGUGGGGGAUCGUGUCUGGUCUUACCCCUCAUUUGGAUGACGAGCAAAUCGUAUGGAAGAGGGUGGUGAUGGUUGGAGGUGCAGGUCUGUGUGCUGUUCUUGGGAGUUCCUACAUCGGGUUCCCGGGUGCAGGACCUCUCAUAGCCAUCACCGCUGCAUUUGUGGCUGCCAUCGUCUGGAAGUUACAAGGGGGAGCCCCGGCCACAAAUGCUGUAGAGGAGGUGUUCUCCAGCAUCUGGCUUGUGAUGCAGCCAGUACUGUUCGGACUGAUCGGUGCCGAGAUCGACCUCAGGCAGUUGGAGCUGGAGAUUGUCACCUGGGGAGUCAUCAUCAUUGCAGCCGCCCUCGUGAUACGGGUGUUGACAUGCUCCUUGGUUUUGGUUGGUGGUAAGUUGAACUUCAAGGAAGUCGUGUUCGUGAACCUCGCUUGGCUACCCAAAGCAACAGUUCAGGCAGCACUAGCGCCCCAAGCGUUGGACAUGGUACGAAAGAUGACCGCACCGCCUCCUGAAGACCUAGAGCGAGGAUCUCAAUUCCUGACCAUCGCCGUCCUAUCCAUCCUCAUCACCGCCCCCCUGGGUGCCAUCGGAGCCAGCGUGGCAGGACCUAGGCUGCUCUCCAAGCAUUCGUCCAACACUUCCUCCCCCAACACCAAUUCCACCCGCCAGCCAGACCAUAACCUGUGAGGAUAGAGCAAAAGCACCUGUGAAAUAAGCAAUAAAAACUGGUUCUUAUUAUUAAA